AUGCGGCAGGCUGAGACGCGCAGUAGUGUGCCCGCAACUGCACGCCCUGGUUGCGCACCGCAGGUCCGAGGCUUUUCGUGUGCAGCCCCGUGCAUUCGUCGGACAGGCACACUACCACACAAGUGCGCAAGCAUUGCGUCAGAGCAGGGAUCAGAGAUGUCCGAACAGCACAACGAGAGUCGACGCUUGGUCGAGUGGACCACACUCUACGCGCUCCUCCUCCUCCUCCUCCUCCUCUCGGUUGCUGUCACACCAGCUCACUCUGCCAAGGGUUAUCUUACUCUGGGCCGGCGGGGUAUUCGUUUCCCGUGCGCUUGGCUAGAGCGAGAUGGUUUUUUUGAUCCACGAAACAAUUUCGUCUCCAAAACGCCCUUCGUACAAAGCCGUUCCAAAUGUCAGGGUAAAGGCCACUGUGUCAUGAAUUGGCUUCCUGCCAAUUCAGCUCACGCCCUCACAUUCAAGCUCAUCGGCACCGACGAUAUGCACGACUACCAAUUUCAAGCUCACUUUUGCGAGCCUGUGUACGAAGCUCAGCACCUGCACUGCACCAAACAGGAUGGAGAAGUGGCCUUCACGAUGCGUCAAAUAGGUACGUGGUUGACACUCUCGAGCGUCUUCUGUCGGUGCACCCGGCCUGCUGAGGUUACUUCUAUCAGCUAUGCACAUGGCAUCAACCCCACCGACAUUGCAUUCCGAGGCGUCUUUUAUGAAAUGGCUUGUGCUUCCAUGCGCGAGUGCAGGGUCGAUGAGAGCUGCUUCAUAGAGACACCGAACAGUGACGGUCUUCUUUAUGGUGGCAAGGCUGGGCUGGUAACCAGCGGUGCCACGACCAGUUUAUCACGAACACCUCCGCUGAUCCUCGGCGUGGGUGACUCAUUCGCCUGGACGCCUUGGUCAAUUGUGUGCGAGCCCAUAAGCCCAUUCCGCCGCACUCCGUCACGCAACACUGGACUGGCAUUUGCCUACCGGUGGUGCACUUUUAACCACCAACCCUCACCUCUUACCUCCGAAAGAGGGGGUUGA